AUGAUAAUAGUUAUGGAUGAUUUGGAUAUGCAUGACAUCGAAAACAAUCAUCUCGAUGAAGAAAAUCAUCAGUUCGGUUCUAAUGAUUCAGAGAUUCUUCAUAACGAGGAAAAUCAAUCGGAAACCCAAGAAAAUCAUCAAUUCAGUUAUGGUGAUUCAGAGAUUCUGCAUUAUGAUGGAAAUCAAUCAGAAAUCCAAGUUCAAAGUGACAAUGUUGAGGCACAAUAUGGCUCUUGCAAACAAUUCAUUGGAGCUUUCGGUUCUUUCUUUUGUAUUCCAGAGGUUGAAGCUAGUUGGCUAGCUCCUAUGGGUUUAAUUUUUAAAGAUAUCAAAGAUGCUAUUAAGUGGUAUAAAGGAUAUGCAUUAAGAUCUGGUUUUGAUAUUAGAAAAUCAACAGAGAGGAAAAAUAGUGGAAUCACAACUUCGAAAUAUUUUAUAUGCAAUAGAGGGGGAUUGCCAAACACUUCUACCUUAGACACGAUUAGUGAUGAUCAUAACAAGCAAUUGAGAAAUAGUAAUUGUAAACGCACAAAUUGCAAAGCUUUUGUUGCAUUCAAAGUUAUACCACAUUCUUUAGAAGUUUACUUGUGGCGCUUUGAACAACAUCACAACCACAAAUUGAUCAAUCAAGAUUGUAUGCAUCUUUCAAGAGCUAAACGUCAGUUGGAUGUUGUUGAUCAAGCUUUUAUACAUAAGCUUUCGAGUGAAAAGGUGGGGGCAACUACAGAUAGAUUGGAAAAUUUUUACAAGGGAUAUAAAUUUUCACAUUGGGGGCACUGA